UAACCCGCGCUUUUUACGCACAGCACCUUUAUGUGAUCCAGCCUAGAUGCUAAAAUAGCCUGAGCAUUGGCCUCUUAGACCGCAGGUACACAAAAAACACGCUUUAUUGCUGGCGUUAGGUGGUCAAAAUCAACGGUCUACCCAUUUAAAGGGGAAGUGCUUUUGGCCUGCGACAGUGUCUUGUUCACAAACAAACUUUGCUAUGGGCAAAAAGUCUCGCGAAGAGGAGUCCUCAUCCUCUGAUGAGGAAGAAUAUGUUGUGGAGAAGGUGCUGGACAGGAGGGUAGUGAAAGGAAGGGUUGAAUUCUUCUUGAAGUGGAAAGGAUAUUCAGAAAAGCACAACACAUGGGAGCCAGAGAAGAAUCUGGACUGUCCUGAGCUUAUUGCAGAAUUCAUGAAGACCUACAAGAAAAGCAGCGGUGGGAGCUCCACACCGAGCAGCGGGGGCAGCAAAUCAAGCACAGGCUCCUUAGGACGUUCCAAAGACUCCAGUACCUCAAAGAAGAGAAGCUCAGAUGAUGACGAGGAGGGUGGAAGUAAGCCCAAAAAGAAAAAGGAGGAUGACAUUCUAGUUGCACGUGGCUUUGAAAGAGGACUUGAGCCAGAAAAGAUCAUAGGAGCAACUGACUCAUGUGGAGACCUAAUGUUUCUUAUGAAGUGGAAAGACUCUGAGGAGGCCGAUCUUGUGCUUGCCAAAGAGGCCAAUCAUAAGUGUCCACAGAUAGUUAUAGCUUUCUAUGAGGAACGUCUCACCUGGCAUGAAGACAGUGACAAGAAGGAGAAGGAUGCUGUCAGCGCGUGAGUGCAACACCUCAGGAGGAAACAGGACCUCCUCCACUGCAGGGACUACCUUGAGUCAGAUAUUUUUCACACCCAAAACCUCCCAUCCUCCCAACUUCGCCAUGUCCAACAACAACACAGAGACUGCUGACACACUCGUGUCAUAUCUCCAUCCAUGCCUCAUUGGAGCACAAGAGCCCAGGCUGCUGAGAAGGAUCCAUCAGACAGGAGGAGAGGCUGUAGCGGACAUGGGUGAUAUGUUACUGGGGUUAGGGUUUUUGCUGUUCUGUCUUUGUGUUCCUUACCUUCUUUAUAAUGUCUUAACACAUCAUGUUUUCAUGCUUACAGGAUGUGGUUAUGUCAGUAAGGUACUGUUAAAACUCAGAACCUUGACCUGAGCUCCACUGCAGGUGCCCAAGCCCCCAUCACCCCAGGUUUUUAUGAACAGUGCACCUUUUUGUUUAAGAAUCCACUAACCUCACCAAAAAAAAGUAGUCUCAAUAUUCAGGAAGCAACCACCACAGCACUUGCCUAACUGCAUAAUCACUUCCUUUUUUUAAGACUUUUAUCUUUUAUGGAUUUUUCAGUUUUCCUUGUCUUACUGGCAGAUUACUACUCAAUUUACAAAGUCACAGAUGACACAGGCCAAUCAUGUCUUUAUAACAAAGUAAUGAUAUAUUUGUUCCUUUUUUAUUGUCAUUUAUAUCUCUUCUCAUUUCCAAGUUUUAACGUGAACUUUGUGUGGUGUGUUUUUUUAAUUUCUUUAUGCUAUCACCACUUUAAGGAAAGGACAAUAAAACAAUUUUUUCUCAGUUUUGUACCUUUUUGUUUUUUCUUUUUAACUGUAGUGUUAAUUUUGGAUCAGUUCGAUGACGACCGGUUAGACAAUCUUCACUGUAUCCACGUGAAAUGAAACCAGCAUUCAUUGCCAGUCACUGCUGGGGUCUGCCCCCUUGUGGCUAAAAAAUGGAAAUCUUUUGGACUGUGUGACCAAUCUCUUACAACCCUGCAGUUUUAACGGUAUUAACUGAUCUUAGUGAAACUUUUUUUUUUUUUUUGUAUUACAGUGUAAAGUGGUGAAAGCCACUCAGCAAUUAGAGUGUUAUCAUUGUAAUGUUAAUUUGAAACAUUAAAAGCAGUUUCUGAUUGGAUUACGCAUAUCAUGUAUCUUAUUGUGGUUAGUCGUCUGUUAAAGUUUUCAUAAGGACGAUGUUGCUAAAUGGCAAGUGGAGGUCAAAUCGUAUACUCAGGAUAGAUGCCGGCUUUGUUGUGUGAUCUGGUGCGGUCCAACAUGAACUCUUGGGACCAAAUGUGUAAUGAGUACAGACUGAGACUGACUGAGUUUUCUUUUUUUCCUGGCUUUUAUUGGCAUUGUGAAUGAAGGCUGUGCAGUUCCCUUGGCAUAACUUAGAUUAUGGUUUUAGUGUCAUUUCAUUAAAAAUCUUGUCCUUUCA